AUGGACAAGUCAGCAGAGAAACGAUUGAAGAAAAUUUAUCGACUUAGUGACGAUAUCGACGAUUCACGGGCACGUCUUCUCGCAAUAAAGUAUAGUCAAGAGAAAAGUGAUCUGACGAGUGAAAGAACACGCAAGAAUCGUAUGGAAGAUUUGGAAACACAUAUCGACAAAUUAACAUUGAAACGGCAGGACGAAAUAAUGAGGCAUUACUCUAACGUUAGGUUAACAAGAAAGUCAUCUCCAUCACCACCUCCACCACUAUUGCGUGUGCCUUCAUCCUCAUCAACAAUUCCACGACCGUCACCUACUUUAUCAUCACCACAUCGAUCAUCAUCGAUACCUCGUGCACCAACCCGGUCGCCAUCUAUCUCGCCACCUCGAACACCAUCUCCGUCGCCACAACCAGAACCACCGCCAGUGCUACCUGCGAGUUCUCCUGAUAUGCGGUCUAAACAUGCAAAUGAUCAACCACCUGAAAAACCCAACAUAUGGUCUACAGAGCCAAUAUCAGCCGACGAAAAGGCUCAUUAUCAUAAAUGCAAGCAAUACUACGAUAUUCUAGGACAACCUCUCGUGUCUGUUUCCGAGAAGAUAUUUUACGAUGAUUUUGAACUCUUAACUGCAUCGCUGGUAUGCGUGGUCGAUCAAGACGCUAAUGAUUUUGAUCCGGAAACAUUUUUGACCAAUAUUGCCAAUAUCUUAAACAUUGAUGAUAUCACUAUAAGCAAGAUGCAAAGUGGAUGUGUUAAAGUUGUAUUUGAUAUUUUCAAGCAAGUGGAUGGUGUAAAGAAAAAAAUUGAAGUUAAAACCCUCUAUAGUUCAAUGACGGAUAAAACGCUUCAAUCAUUAGGUUUAUUAAAAGUUUUGUUCAUGUUUAUGGGUGACAUGGAAACAUAUGAUGAGUCUAUCAAGUUUCGCUCGCAGAUUACAUUGCAUCCCGAAUUUAAUCGUAUCUAUGAUAUCGAGGACCUCAUCCUUAUUNAUCAUCCGCAAACGAUAUUAGAUGUUGGAACUAGUGAAACACCUUUCUUUGUAAGAAACAAACAGCAACCGAUCGCGCGACAAGCUGAAAUUAUUUUCAAGACGAUUUUAUUUGCUGGGAUCUGUAUUGAUUUAUUAGCUAUGCUAUUUCUUCUACUUGGAUUAUGGAUAAUUCCUGUUAUAAAAUUAUUUUUCCAUAAGCUUCUACAGCCAAACAAUUGGGUGCACCGUUUGGUCAUCGGAACACAAAGCGAUUCUUUGGAAAUUGUAGAACUUCGCAAGAAAAUUCUCGAUUUGGAAGCUAAAAUGAACAAAAUGUCUACUUUUGAGAACUAUCACCAGCCGUAUGCUGUUCAUGAUGAACUCGAAAUUAAUAUAUCAGCGAAUACUUUUUAA